GCCUUAGACUCUCAAUUCCAAUGUCAUGCAACUCGCCGAUAAGUCAGACCGUAAACCCUAAUGCCCAGCCAUACAAAACGAAGUCUCCGGUCGGGACACGACACGCGGAAAUUCCACCUCUGUAUCCAACACCACCACCACCCUCUCAAUCAAUCCUAUUGAACACCACCUCAAAUUAAUCCCAAACACCGCGAUCAAUCCAAGCCAAACUGCCAAUUGUCAAUCUAAGCCAUUCUCUCCCCCCAGGCAAGAUGAACCAGCACUACGACGUUCAUCUUGCCUAGGGAGAGGAUAGCUCAGAUUGAUCAUUGGCAUUUUGAUUUGAGGUGGUGUCCUAGGAGCCAGGGUGGAGCCAAAUGGCUGGCCCGCGUCCAGUGCUUGUGCAUAAAAAUAAUCAAAAACCUGGAAGCCUUCAAAUUUUUGUGAAGCCCCAUUUUUUUCAGGCAGACAGUCACCGAACAUCACCCUCCGUCUUCUGAGCCCCAGGAUUCAGCACCAUGGCCCACGAUGACGACAACACAGAGGACCUCCAAGUCCUCGCGGCCACCGCGACAGAAAAGGCCGAGGAGAUGGUCCGCAGAGCCGACCAGCUGAUGGCAGAAUUCCAACAGCUCAACGACCUGCGGCAGGCCCGCGGCCUCGUCCCCGUCGCCGCCGGCCAGAGGUCGCUCCGGCAAGUCGCCGGGAGCGAGCACGCCAUCUUCCACAAGCACCUCCAGGACCUCCAGGGCAGCGCCGACGAUGAUGACGACGCCCGCAAGGCCGACCUCGUCAAGCGCCUGGGCGUCUCGCUCCGGUGCUCCAACCUGCCCGCGCUGGAGGCCACGUGGGGCGUCGUCAAGCGCUGCCGCGGCCUCGAGAGCCUGGUCUUUGCCUUCUCGCGCCACCCAGCCUUUGGCGCCUGCUCGAUCUGCAAACGCCCGCCUCCUCGCGGGCCUCCAGACGGCGGCGCGGUGACGGGGACGAAGCCGAGGAGGAAGAAAUGCCCGCCCAAGAACCGCCAGGACCCGGCCGACCUGGCGCGCGUCGACGCCGUCGUCGAAGGCGGCACGGAGUGGGUGCGCGUCCUCGGCAUCAGCGAGCGCAGCCUGCUGAUGCACAUGGCGCAAGGCGGGUGGGACUGGGGCGCCGAGGAGGGGGAGAGGGAGCGGGAAGAGGAGGAGGACGACGACGCAGACUGCGACGUGUCCGUCGCCGUGACGGUGCGACAGCUCGUCGAGGCGGCGCGCGCCAACCGCCACGACUACCGCGUUCCCCGGGUGCACGUGGUGCUGACGCGCGUCGCCGAGGGCCGCGACGCCGAGAUCGACAGGCUGAUCCGCCUGCUCCGGCGGGGGGCGGGCGCGGGUGCCGGGGCCGAGGUCGAGGUGGUGGUCGACUGCGCGGGGUCGGCCUUCCUGGCCGCGCCGCCGCCGCCCGCCGACGAGGCGCUGCGGAACCUGACGGACGACGGCCGCCUGUGGGGGCUGACGCCGACGGUCAACCUCGACUGCACGGUGCUCGUGACGCUCGCGUCGGACGUGACGCACGGCCGCGUUGAGGUGCGGCCGUGGCACAGUCGGGAGACGGCGCGGCAGGUCGUCGACGAGCUCGAGCAGGGGAGCACCCUGGUCAGGUUCCUGUAUCCGGCGCUGCGCGGGAGGCGGCUCGUCUGCACGCGCGCGGCAGCGCGGCGGUUCGGCGAGAUCGUCGACACCAUUGCGACGCCGACAGAGGCUGCGAGGGCGGCUAUUAUCAUGGGUAACCCCUUGAGUGGGCCUUCGGGGAUGAGUUCGCCCGCUCUGGUUGCUGAGUUGCAGACGCUGUCGGAGCAUACAGUGGAUCCCGACCUGCUGUUCCCUAUCGAGGUGGUUGACGCCAAGAGUCCGGCGGAUGAUAUCGAGAGCUACAUCCGGUCCGGGCGCUUACCUCAGGUUGCGGCGCCGGUUUUGGCCGAGAUGUCGGAAUUGAACAGAGACUCCCACUUGUACGGGUGGGUUCAAGGGGUGACGACCGUGACGGCGAACCUCAGCCUUGCGAAGCAAAUCGCUCGGCUUGUUGAGGAACAUCGGACAAGUGAUGACGAAGCUGGCCCCAAGGUCUGGGUACACCCCGUUACAAGGGCGUUGGCUGCAAAAGAGAAGCGCAUAGAUGAAGCAACGCCUUGACAACUCGCACAAGUUCGAUAGACCUACUUCGUUGUCACCCUGGCGGGUGUUCUACAUCCCUCAACAGUCUCUCUUGGGAGACAGUUACAGCUAUCCAGGGGCCCAAAAACAAUCCAAGCC